UCAGAACCCAGUUCCAACACUGAUAGAACUUGAAUAUGAGCUCAGAAUACAAGAGGAUGAGUCACAGAACGUUCGUAAUGUAAGCAGAGCCUACUCUCAGCCACAGAGAGAACAGCAAAGGAAUUGCAAACCGGUUCAACGAUUUGCUACUGUCUUGGAUGGUGGCGAACCGAGUAAACCAGCAAGUGUUACAGCAGUCAAGAAGGAGAAACCGACAAAGUACUGCCCCUUCUGCAACACUGCAGCAUUACUUCAAUCAGUGUGCUAAUUUCAAACUGCUGAAUCAAGAUCAAGUGGAGUCUUGGCUGAAGUCAAAUCAGAAGUGCUUUAGGUGUGGCCGUGAUCACCAGAUCUCACAAUGUAAUCUUAAAGCCAAAUGCAAAAAAUGUGAAAAGAGACAUUUAGAAAUGCUGCAUGACUUCAAUGCCAAAGGUAAACAUGAAACACAAGCCUCAGCAGAAAACAGUUGUCUUGUGAAUUCAGAAGUAGAGAUUUUGUAUAUGGACAGACCAACUGCAGGCAGCAAAGUUCUUUUGAAGGUCAGCCGAAUGAUCUUGAGAAAUGGAGAGAAGGAACUUGACAUGUACGCUAUAUUAGAUGACUGAUCAGACAGGACAAUGUUACUGUAUGAAGCAGCACACCAACUUGAUCUUCAAGGACCUCCUGAAGAUAUAGCCCUCUGUACUGUGAGACAAGACAUACGGGUGGUUCAUGGGGUGGCUGUUUCAUUCUCAGUAGCUUCUGCAUUUCAGCCAAACAAAUCCUUCACCAUUGAAAGAGCUUUUACAGCCAAAGAACUGAGCCUCGCAAAACACACUUACCCUGUUAAGUUGCUGCAGAAGAAAUGCAGAUAUCUGCAAGGUCUGCCCAUUCCCUCAAUGCAGCAGGCUCAACCAUUCUUACUCAUUGGCUCAGAUUAUCCAUAUUUAAUUACAGCUACAGAGCCAGUACGUCUCUGACCUCCUGGCGGUCCUGCCGCUGUGAAAACCAGACUCGGGUGGACUCUGCAGGGCCCCUCAAAAUUCCUUGCCAGUCAGCUCUCACCACAACAGUGUCUGUCUAACCUCCACUUUGUCAGCAAAAGCCGAACUGUUCAACAAUGUACAGAAAUUGUGGCAAAUGGACACUUCCGUAUGGGAGUGAGAAACUGAUCACAAGACACAGAAGUGGUGCAAAUCCUUGAGGAGAAAACAAUCAGGGUGGCAGUCGGAGACAUUCAAAGUGGGCGUCUCUGACACAUUCAGCUCUUCAUGUUAAACAUGUAACCAGGAAAGAAACACUCAAAACUCAUCUGAACACACACCGAGAGCUUCAGAAGAACUGAAUCUACUAACAACAGAGAAGAUAAUUUUUCAAUAAGAGAAGAAUGAAGAUCAUCUGGACUUUCACUCUGAUGAUGAUUCCUGGUGUCGUGAGCUCCAUGAGUGUGAUCGGAUAUUCAGGAGGAGGAGUCAACAUCACAUGCAAAUAUGAUAAAGGAUAUACAGAGAAUAAAAAGUAUUUUUGUAGAGGAAAGAUGCCAAAAAAAAUAAAGUCUGGGUGGUGUUCUGACCUCAUCAGGACUAAUGAAACAGAUAAAUGGAUUCAGAAGGAGAGAUUCUCUUUGUAUGACGACACAAGAUCGCCAGUCUUCACUGUGACCAUCAGAAAUCUGACAGAAGAGGAUUCUGGGACGUACCAGUGUGGAGUUGAUUUAACUACAGGAAAAGAUUCCUACACUGAAGUGAAGCUGAACAUUUUAACAGAGACAAACCCUCACAGAACAACAUCAUCAUAUACAGCUCCAGCGAUCACAUCUGCGUCUCCUGCGACAGGCUCUCCUCUGACGGUCAGUGUGUGUGUGUUUCUGCUUCUGAUCAUCGCUGGACUCGUGUUGGGGACCGUGACUCUCUGCAGGAGGCGUCGCUCUCACAAUUCGUCAUCGUCGUCCAAAAGAUCUCAAGUCACACCAGGAAACAAUGAAGAGGUUUCCCACACUGGCUGUGAUUACAAGGAGAGUAAAGAAUUACCCACAAGCCCCUCUGAUUCCUCUGAGAAAGCCUCUGCUGAGGAUCUGAAUUACGCAGUGGUGAAUUUCCAUAAUAAAUCUGACUGUCCUGACAGUGUCAAUAUCAGGAAUAAUCAGGAUUACAGUGAAUACGCUGUUGUCAAACAUCACUGAUGCAUUUACAGUGAACAUAUGGAUUGAUUUAAAAGGGUCUGAGCACUAUGUGAGAUACUGUACGUACUGCGUAAACAGAUUAUAUUUAUCAGAUGUAGAUUUCCCUGUGUGUCUAAUUGAUGAUUCUGUCCACCUGUUCAUGAUCUCAUUAGUUC